ACAAACAAGCUUGCAGUGGCCAGUGACUGCAUCGUGCGUAUUGUUAAAAAUUUUGUAUGCAAUAUGGCUGUGUAAAACGUCAAAUCUUAUAACCCAUUUUAUAUCAAUUUUUUUUAUUAAAAACAGUAAUUGUUUCUUUUUUAAUAUUACCAACAUUUUGUGUUAUCGUCUGUAUAGUGUUAGUGUUAGUUGUCGUAUUUUUCAAAGUUGUUAAUUUUUACCGCAAUUUUGUAUAUUUUAUAUACAUAAUUUGUGCCCAACCCAAUUUGGCACUAGCUGCCAACCGUAUAUAUACAUUUUUUGAUUUUUUAUCCAUCCUGAUCGCGUCCCGUGCGCUUCGUGUAUAUUUGUGAUGACUAUUUUCCGAUCGGUUCGUCCAUCGACGAAUCACGAUUAAUACGAUAUGUUGGCCAGAUUAAUAUCGUCAUCUACCGGAAUACCGAGGUUCGGCGUUAACGUAGCACCGCACAAACGAUCACAGUGAGCAUGAACGGUCGAGGCCAAAACCAGAGCCAUCAAAGAAAAUUCGAAGGGAUGUAUCCAAACCCUAAUCAUCAGUUUCCCCAAGCUGUCCAAGUCCAAAAUCCGGGGUAUAUAAUUAGUGGUCCACGUAAUAGACAUUAUGUAAAUCCAAGUACACAUAACGUUAGUGAUAUGAAAAAUAAUCAUAUGACCAAUAUGACCCAUGGUCAAAUCCAAAUGGUACCUACACAUAUUUCUCAAAGACAGCCAACUCUAUCCCACCAUAUAAGACCAAAUGCACCACGUAAUUUACCAAGAGGACCCUUCCAGUAUCAGGUAUAUUUACCUGGCAAUGUGGCUUACCAAGGAUCCGGUAACCACCCAGCAUAUUAUCCAUUUACUCCACAACAGACUUCACAAACAGCUGUACUAAUGCCAUAUGUAAACUAUAAUACCAAUCAACAAGGUAUGUUUUUUACCCCGCCUUCUAGACCAAUACAGAUGACUAAUCUACCACAAGGACCACAGAAUCCUCCUGUAGCUAAUAUGAGUAAUGCUCAAAAUUCCCAUGGACAAUCUUUGAUCGUACAGUCUCAACCAAUGGAUAUGGCUCCUAGUACACAACCUAUGCAACAAGUACCACAGCAACCUUCAACUACUCCAAUGCAAAUCCCUGAAGCUUCUAGACCUGUUCGAAAAAAAACUAUUAUUAAAAUAGUUGAUCCUAAUACAGGCCGUGAGAUUGACUUAAAUAAUUCAUUACAAGGGCCACCAACUGCUGACGAAUUGGAAAAAAUGAAAGUUCAAAGCCAAUUCCAAAGUCAAGUACAAAGUGCUGUUAAAAAAGAUGAUAUUAAAUCACCUGAUAAUAAUCUGAAUAAUGAAGGAGAAGAUAAAGUUCGAAAUGAAUUCCAGUCACAAGUCAAAAAAUUAGCAAGUGAAAGCACUUUAGGAUCCUCAAAUGCCAUAGAAAUUGAUGCUCAGAUUUCUGAAGAAGUUACUAGUGAAGUUGAAGAAAUAAGUGUUGUUUCCACUAAUAUAGAGGAAGUGCCUGUUGUAAUAAGUGAUUCAACUUCUAUUGAUGUUGGUUUGGCUAUUAACACUGAAGACACUGCUUUAGAAACUUUAGAUGUUAAAGAGAAUAAAUUAGAAACACCAAUAAAUACUGUACCAAUUUCUACUACAUCUCCUGAUGUACAGAUACAAAAUACUGAUGUAAUCAAUACUUCAGAGGAUCCUAUUAUUUCCAAAAAGAAUAUAGAUGAAGAAUCUAUUAAAUCAGUUAAACCUAAAAAAUCUAAAAUCAAGAAGAAGAAUAAUCAGCAAAAGAAUUUGGUUAAAUCAGAUGUCAAUGAUGGAAUAAAUGUAGACAAUUCGAUUGAACCUUCAACUAUUGAGCCUGUUAUUGAAUCAAAAACUGAUAUUGUUAAACAACAAGAAAACAAGGAAAAUGAAAAUAAUAAUCAUAACUCUAAAAAUGAAGAAGAAGAAGAGAGUAUUAAUUCAAAACCAGAAGAGUUAUUACAGCAGCCAGAAGAAAUUCAAAAUAAUGGACUUAAACAUGAACCUGUUGAAAAUGCAGCUCCAAAGUUACCUAGUUAUUUAGAAAAAUUACCCUAUGCUGAAGGACAAUGGAGUAUUACAAACCCAUCUGGAAAGAAAGUGUAUUCAAAAGCAUUUUUAUUACAACUUGGUAGUGAAUCUGUUUGUCAAAAAAAACCUGAUGUAUUAAACAACUGGAGUAAUCUAAUUAAACUAUCCGGUGCACCACAAUUUAAUUCAUUAGGUGGGAUGGUACCUAAUUUACCAAGGUCUCAGAGUGCUAGUGCAACUGGAUUCAUGCCUUCCUAUUUUAAACUUGGUAAUAGUCAACGUGGUAGUGGUAUGCCUAUUAUGCAGCCAGGUGCCAAACGGAAUAGUAGUCAAGGAAAAACAGCUAGUAAAACAGCAAAACCUAACACUAUUCAUAUGUCUCUUUCUUUACGAGAAGAAGUUAAAUUAAAUCAGACUGAAAAUGCUUGGGUUCCAACAGCUGCUAAAAAAGCCACCAAGUCUGAAGUAUCUAAAAACAAGAAUGAAGAGGAACUUAAAAAUGAAGAAGUAAACAAAAACGUUCGAUCAAUUUUGAAUAAAAUAACUCCUGAUAAUAUGCCUUCAUUAACUGAGCGUUUCAAGGCAUUACCAAUUGACACUAUUCAACGACUGGAAAAAACUAUUGAUUUAGUUUUUGAAAAGGCAAUAGAAGAACAAAGUUUUGCUCCUCUUUAUGCAUCUUUAUGUUCAGCUAUGCAAUCUGUACAAGUUAAUUCUAAGGAUGGUAAGACCGCAUCUUUUAAGAAGUUGAUAAUAAGUAAAUGCCAAAGUCUAUUCGAAUUAGACAAGGCCCAAGAAAUGGAUUCUGCUAAGAAACUCACUGAAAUCAAUUCAUGCAAAGAUCCAGAAAAGAAAAAAGAACUUCAAUUAGAAUAUGAAGAAAAUGAAAGAAGACUACGCAAACGUUCUGUAGGAAAUUGCCGAUUUAUUGGUGAAUUAUUUAAGCAAAAGAUUCUUACUCCAAAUAUUAUGUUGUAUUGCAUUGUGAAUUUAGUCACUAAACACGUUGAAGAACCACUCGAAUGUUUAUGCAAUUUAUUAAAGACCGUUGGAAAAGAAUUGGAAGAAUCGUACAAUUUAAAUGAUACCUUUGAUAAACUAAAAGCUUUAACAUCCAAAGAAAUGAAAUCAAAGAUUCCAUCUAGAAUAAAAUUCAUGAUACAAGAUGUCAUUGAUUUACGUAGGGAUAAAUGGAUACCAAGGCGAACUGAUAGUAAACCAAAAUUGAUAAAUGAAAUAGAGAAUGAUGUCAAAAAUGAAGCAAUAGAACAACAAUCUAUAUCACUCGGUUAUAAUAGACCUGAAAAACGAGAUCAUCAUCGUGGGGAUGACAAAUUCAGGGGUGGGGAUAAUAAAAGUCGACGUGGAAAUGAGAAUGAAUGGAAUGUUGUUCAAACUAAUACUAAAUAUAAGCAACAAAAUUAUACUAUUGACCAAACUAAAUUAUUAGGAAUUAAGGAUAACACAUCUAUGCCAAUCUUAUGCCCACCUAAAUGGUCAUUUUCCUCUGGUAAAAAUACGACAUUUACAAGCAGUAACCCAUACGCUGUUCUAAAUGAUGACAAGAAAUCAUCAAAUUCUUCACAAAUUAUAUCUAAUAAAAACACAUCACGAAAGCCAGUUAUAUCUGAGUCUGAAGAAAGACAAAGAAUGAUGUCUGGUGUAGCGAGUAUGAUGCCUCAAUUUGCUCAACCCACUCCUUCAAUAAAUUCUUCUAGUUCACAACCCAAAGAGCCUGUUGAAAAAGCAAUUCCAAUUCCUGAUCAAAUUAAUAUGAGAUGUAAAAAUAUCCUUCUUGAAUAUGAGCAACUGCAAAAUUUUGAUGAUAUAAUUUAUUCAUUAACUGAAGAUGAAUUUUCGGUAAUUCGUACAAGACAUGAAGAAUUUGUGAAAUCAAUGUUGCUUGUAACUUUAGAUAAUAGUCCAAACAUUCGAACUGUGGCAGGAAAAAUUUUUGCAGAACUUUUAUCUAAAAAAAUUAUUUCUAUGGAGGCCAUAACUCAAGGUAUUGAUGCUGUUCUUAAAGAUUGGAAUGAUUAUUUGAUGGAUUACCCUCAAUUCUUCUCCUAUAUUGCUGCCAUUAUUGCUCCAUUAUUAUUAUCACAAAAUGCUUCCUUUGAUUUUAAUAAUUUAAAAGAUUCGUGUACUUCAAUACGACCAGAUAAUUCUAGUAAAUUUUUCAUAGAAGUAUUAAAUAAAAUUCUUAGUUCCAAGGAAACACAAAACAUAAAAGAACAACUAGGUGGUAUAUUGUGGAUUUACAAUAAGUGGAGGACGUCAGAAUAUGUUCCUCUUGAUGUAUUUAUGCCUAAUAACCAAAUAAAUAAAUUUUUUAAAAAUGAUCGUAUUGGAGUAUUCCUUUUAUCUAUUGCUAUGUAUGAUAAAAUGAAGCUAACUGAUAGUAAACUACUAUAUGAUAUAUUACAUAGUUGGAUAAGUGUUAAUAUCAGUGCAGAAAUAAUAAAAUGCCCUCAAUUUGUGCGAGCAUUAACUAUAGCUAUUGUCAUAGUAUGUUCAAAACCGAAUCAUUCUUAUGAAGAUUUCUUUGACCAUGUUCAUGUGAAAUUAUUGACUUGUUAUAUUCGGUCUGAACCACUUCCAGAACCUGAAAUCCAGGCUCGAGAAGUUCAAUGUCUCUAUGGCAUUCAAAUAAUGUCUGCAGCACUUGAACAUCCUGGAGGAAUGGUAUUAAGACUAUUCCAUAAACUCUAUCAGGAUAGUGUUAUAAGUAAAGAAUCUUUUGAACUGUGGAAAAAAGAAGAUGAAUUCAAAGCAGGAUUCGAUGAAGACUUGGAAACGAAAACCAUGGCUGUUGUAGUUUUAAAUUCAUUCUUCCUUUCACUAGCAGCAAAUGAUUCUGAUGAGGAUGAAACAGUUGAGUAGUGUAUCAACACUUUCUUAUAGCUGCGUAUAUCCAUCAAUCGACACAAAUUCUUCUAUUUUUUUUAUUUUAUUGUAGAUACCAUGUUAUAAAAAAUUUAUAUAAAUAAGAAAAAAAUUCUAAAUA